AUAAAUCUUUCCCCCCCACUGAAUGAAGUGCGUUUAAAAAUGGGACGACGAUCCCUUGUCCUCGUUACCGUGGCGGCCAUAUGUGCGGGUCUUUGUACUGCCUUCGUCCCCUCCGCGCCUCUACCCAGCUGCGCCUCGGGCUCGAGCACUAGCAGACGUCAGACGAUUGUGAUGGGGAAUCAUCGCUCCUCCCAAGCCGCACGCCGGCGCACCUCCUUUCUGAAGCACGUGAAGGCCCCCUUACACAAACGUCGCACCAUCAUGAGCUCUCCUCUGAGCAAAGAACUCCGGGCAGAGCACGGUGGGGUGCGAUCCAUUCCCGUCCGCACGGGGGAUGAAGUGGUGGUGACGGCGGGCGACCACCGAAAGAAAGUAGGCAAGGUGAUUGGCGUGGACCGGAAGAAGUACUACAUCCACGUGGAAGGGAUCACGCGCGAGAAGGCGGGGGGGAAAGAAGCGGGUAAGACAAGCACGACCAUCCCCGUGCCCAUCCGCGCUUCCAGCGUCAGGAUCACCAAGCUGUACCUGGAUAAAUCCCGGGAAGCCAUCUUGAAACGCCGGGCGGAGGGGCGGGCCGAGCUUGCCGCACGGAAGAACAACAUCCAGCUUGCGGAGCCCGGGCAGGACCCGGCCUGGGCGGAGUACCAGACCACCUUAACUUCUAUAUUGGAUGGAUCCGCGUAGGGCGGGGAAAAGGAGGAGGAAACGGGCUGCGGGGUAGAGUGGGAAGGAGGGCGAGGUGGGGGGGUGGAAGGGAGGACCCUGUCCUCGGUCGCGCCUUCAUUUCCUCUUCGUCCUCCUCCGACCGGUUUUUCCCCGCAGCGUGGGUGUUUCUCGUACCGGCCUCGAUUCUGCCCCGUUUCGAGGGCAGAGCGGAGGGGUCGGGGGGAAGGCGGGGGACGAGGGCGAGGAGGGGCAAGGAGGGAAUAGGAGGGAAG